AUGUCGGAGUUUCGAAAGAGUUAUGAGCUCACCUACACUUGCCAAUCAUGUGACCUGCCGGAUCAAGCCGAACAUCGUAUGAUAGCCUGUGAUCACUGUGGCAAAUGGCAGCAUCUUUGUUGCGCCGGAGUUGAUCCCACGAUCAGAGAUUUUUCAAAAAUAACAUUCACGUGUGGUAGCUGUAAGCUCAAGCGUCCUUCCACCAAAAGUGGAUCCCGUCUUAAUGUCCCGCCGACGGAUAGAUCCACACGAUCCUCUGCUAAAAAGAGCGGCGCUGCAAAGGUACCCAGUGUAGCGUUGAGUGAAAGAUCUGUACUUGAAGCCCAACUCAAGGUCAUGGAACAACAACAACAACUAGAAGAGCGGGAGCUAACAGAAAAAGCCGAGAUUCAACAACGAGAAAUCGAUGAAAUGCAGCGAAACAUCGAAGACCGUAGGACCUUGUUAGAAGCGGAAAGAAAACUGCGAGAACUGCAAUUGACGAAAGAUAAGGAAAUGCAGAUACGGCAGCAAGAAAUCCGAAAGCAAUCCCUCGAGAAAAAAAGCGCGCUUAUUCGCCAAAUAGCUGAAACCAGCAGUAGGAGUGAUUCAAUCGCCGAUACUCAGGACAGAGUAGCAAAAUGGCUCGACUCGGCUGCGGAAGUUCCCGAUCCUAGUCACGAGUUACAAAAUUUCGUUGCGCAACCGGAACACAGACAGCAUCGGUUCUCACAUGCGUUACCAAAUAACGGAAACCUAGCUGGACAAUUGCUACAUCAACAACAGCCGUCAUACCUUCGCUUACCAGUACUCACAGCGGAGCAAAUUGCUGCUCGUCAAGUACUUGGGAAAGAGCUUCCGGUCUUUAGCGGGAACCCCGAGGAUUGGCCAGUUUUGCAAGCAGUUUCGAGCAGUCCACUAGCUUGCGGCUACACCGACGCCGAAAAUUUGAUACGUCUUCAGAGAUGCUUGCGGGGUCAUGCCCUAGAGGCCGUCAAGAGUCGCCUACUGCUGCCAACUAGUGUUCCCAACGUCAUUCAAACUUUGCGCACAUUGUACGGAAGACCCGAUCUACUGAUUCGGUCAUUGAUAACCAAAAUUCAUCGAGUUCCACCGCCUCGUCAAGAUAAACUGGAAACACUUAUGGAAUUUGGCCUGGCUGUGCAAAACCUAGUGGAUCAUCUCGUUGGGGCACAUCAGGAGAAUCACCUCUCAAACCCAGUGCUCCUGCAGGAACUUGUUGAGAAACUGCCGGGUUCUCUCAAGCUAAGCUGGGUGGUGUACAAAAACCAAGAUCCUGUAGUCACCUUGGCUACCUUUGGGAGCUUCAUGUCCCAGUUGGUAUCAGCUGCAAGCGAAGUCACAUCAGAAAUACCGGCGUUCAACAGGACAACACGGAGCGACAACCAGAGGGGACGAGAAAGGGGUAUGCUGCAAACACACUACUCCAAACUUCAUCAGCCCAGUUCCAGUAAUCAAGCGAGUAAUAGUUGUAAAGAUAGCCAGAAAGCAGGUAAGGUGUGUGCUGUGUGUGCUAAAGAAGGUCAUCGUGUAGGAGAUUGUUCGCAGUUUAACACAAUGAAUAUUGAAGAAAAAUGGCAAAUAGUUCAGAAGAAAGGUCUAUGCCGAAUCUGCCUCAACAACCACGGUAAAUGGCCAUGUAAAUCGUGGAAAGGAUGCGGUGUAACCGGUUGUUCAUUGAAACAUCACACUUCGUUGCAUAAUUCAAACCCAGGUCCACAUUUUCUCAAUGUUUCAUCAAGUCACUUCGUAUCCAACAUCGAGGAAUUUCCCUUAUUCCGCAUCCAACCAGUGGUCUUAGCUGCAAAUGGAACGUCGCUUACUGUCUUUGCCUUCAUAGAUGAAGGUUCAUCUCUGACCCUUCUUGAAGCCAGCAUUGCCAAACAAUUAGGAGUUCGUGGUCAGAAGGAGCCUCUUACGCUUCUGUGGACAGGGAAUAUGAGUCGUGAGGAAUCGAAGUCUCAACGAAUAGAAAUUGGAAUAGUCGGUUCGGGUUCUGGCUCUCCAACACAUUCUAUGCAGGCUCACACAGUUGAUAGUCUAGUCCUCCCAACACAAACAUUGCGAUACAGGGAUCUCUGCCAUCAGUUUCCACACUUACGAGGUUUACCUUUAGAAGAUUACGAGAAUGCUCAACCGAAGCUACUCAUAGGGAUUGACAAUUUACGUUUGGCUGUACCCCUUAAAGUUCGCGAAGGAGGAAGAAGAGAUCCAAUCGCCGCCAAAUGUCGUCUGGGUUGGGGCAUUUAUGGAUGUGCUCCCAAAUUUUCUUCAAGAGUGGUUCCUGUCAAUUUCCAUCUCGCAGCUACGUCAGAUCCUGACCGCGAACUGAACGAGCAACUUCGAGAUUACUUUACGUUAGACUCAGUGGAUUAUGGGCUCCAUUUAGUAGAAUCAGAGGAGGAUAAAAGGGCACGGCGGAUUAUGCAAGAAACAACACGCAGAACUUCUUCAGGUUUUGAAACAGGGCUCCUCUGGAGAGCAGAUGAGGUGGAGUUUCCUGAAAGUUAUGCAAUGGCGGUACGUCGUCUCCAUUCACUCGAGCGAAAGUUAGGACAGGAUGAAAUACUACUAAAUUCCGUUCAACAGCUAAUUUGGGAUUAUGAGCGUAAAGGAUACGCACAUAAGGCGACCAUGCAGGAGCUAGACUCUAUGGACCCAAAACGAACGUGGUUUCUCCCCUUGGGUGUCGUUAAAAACCCCCAAAAACCUAAGAAAACAAGACCGAUCUGGGAUGCUGCAGCCAAAUCCCACGAGGUAUCCUUCAACUCUAAACAUCUUAAGGGACCCGUUCUGUUGACGCCGAUGAUAACAGUACUGAGUCAUUUCCGUCAGUUUCCGGUAGCAAAUCUCCAUAUCGCUGCCAGAUCGAUCAUCCUAAUGUUUCCUCUGGCGUGA